ACAGUCUUAAAAUGCAACGACAUUGUUUCGGAUCUCCAUCACUGAAAAGUUCAGGUGUGAAUUGAAUUAUCUACCGAGUGUUUUCGUGCGGUUUUCCGCACAAAUCGGCUUUUAAAACGAAUUUUCCGAUAUUUUAAAGAAUACAUAAAAUAUAUAUUGAUCUAUUCGAUUUUUGAUUAAAGUUAGUAUAUUUAAAUUGCCUAAGUAAAUCCAAGUUAGCCUCAGACGUAUACCUGUUAAAGUUAUCUCCAUUAAUCAUCUAAUAUUUUUCAUUAAUACUAUGUUUACUUGCAGCUUUUUAAAAUGGGAAUCAAAGGAAGAGAGUUGUCAAAUGUGGCUCAAUGUGUUCGGUAUUUUCUAUUGGUAACAAACUUAAUUUUUGCCAUGGCUGGAGCGGCAAUGAUAGGAGUUGGAAUAUGGCUGGUAGUCGAUAGAGACUUUUUAACACCUCUCGUUGAAAUCGACUUGUUUAGGGCUGGCCUAUAUAUGGUUUUAGUUUGCGGUGUUGUCAUUUUUGCCGUCUUCUUUCUUGGGUGCUUGGGUGCAAUGAUGCUGAAAAAAAUAUUCCUUAUCAUAUAUUUCAUUGCUCUUCUUAUCAUAACGUGCGUCCUGUUUGUUGCUGCAAUCUUGGCAAUUGUAAUGCGAACAAAGUUACGAGAUGAAAUUAAGAAUACAAUGAUGCACAACUUGAAAAAGAGAUACGGAGUUGAUUUACACAUCGCUAAAAAUAAAGCUGUUACCUAUGGCUUUGACAGGGCUCAAGAAUACCUUAGAUGUUGCGCUGUUGAUGAUAAUGGUUGGGGAAAUUAUAGAGAAUCAGAUUGGUGGCGGCAGCAACCGGGACAAGUAGGUAAUGCCAAAGUUUACGUCCCGAAAUCUUGCUGCUAUAAGGUAGCAGGAGAGGACUAUAAUUCAGAUGAUUUGAAAAAAUGCCAGACACCUGACGGAGGUGGUGCCGAGCGCGUUAAUGUACCGUCUUCGUGCUGUGCAGUGAUACUGUACACUGGCCGCUAUGUAAACAAGCAGAAAUGCCAAACGUAUCAAAAUAAAGCGUUACCUGCUGGCGCUCGAGAGAAUUAUACGUACUAUCACGAUAAGAAUCGUCCACGCGUUCCUGAAAGCUGCUGUUACGUUGAUCUAUACAAGGAUACAAUUUUGGAUAAGGAAAAAUGCCAGACAUACCAGUUUGGUCCACCUACAAAACCCGGUGGGAGUUCAAAUCCCAUGGUUUAUCAUAAGGGCUGCUAUUCGCGAGCCGUUGAAUUCUUAAAGGAACACGUCAUCUUUAUCAUCGGUUUCGGAUUUGGUGUUGCAAUAGCAUUGAUAUCUGGAAUGGUCUUUUCGUUGAUUCUUUACUGCUCCCUAGAGUAUUAG